AUGCCUGUCGCCCCCAAAAUGAUGGCGCAGCUGCGCUCGCUCAUCCCGCCCUUGAACGGUAUGUUGCACAAGGGACAGAGCGGACGCGUCGGCGUACUUGGUGGUGCACUUGACUACACGGGCGCACCCUACUUCGCUAGUAUCAGCAGUCAACGCUUAGGCGCUGAGCUGGCCCAUGUCAUAUGCUCUCCGACGGCUGGAGGCGCUAUCAAAUCAUAUUCGCCGGACCUCAUCGUACACCCGAUCCUGAAAGAAGAGUCAUCCGUCGACACCGUCAGGUCGCAGCUGGAGUCCAUCCUGUCGCGUCUGCACGUUCUCGUGCUCGGUCCUGGUCUGGGACGCGAAGAUUAUAUGCAGAAGUUCGCGAAGGUCGCGUUGGAGGUCGCAAAAUCUCAAGCCCUGUACACCGUCCUGGACGCCGAUGGCCUGUACUUGAUCGACCGCAACUUGGAUAUCAUCAAGGGCUACCGGAGAGCGGUUCUCACUCCGAACGUCAUGGAAUUCAAGCGCCUGAGUGAAGCCGUCAAGAUUGAUCCGUCGACGCCUCCAGAGAAACGCGCUUCGUUGGUGUCGAAGGCGCUCGGAGGUGUCUUGAUCGUCCAGAAAGGUCCGAAGGACAUCUUGGCUGCCAACACGACAGGGUCCGAAGCGAACGCUGCACUCAGCAAGGUAGAGGAAGGAGAGGCUGUCGACGAGAUCGUUCAAAUCGACGUUGAGGGAGGUUUGAAGCGUUGUGGCGGACAAGGCGACAUUCUCAGCGGUACGAUCGGAUGCUUCCUGGCCUGGGGUAAAUGCUAUGAGGAUGGCGCUUACGGCGACAAAUCCAUCCCACCAUCACGUAUCCCGAUAUUGGCAGCCGCAGGAGGGUGUACGGUCACCCGCACCGCCAGCAAGCGCGCGUUCCUGAGGGAAGGUCGGAGCGUAGUCACUCAGGACAUGCUUGGCGAAAUAGGCAACGCAUUCGCGGAAGUAUUUGGAGAGGAACUGCAGGGACGCGAUCCUGCCCGGAUUCAGAAGCUGUGACUGAAACAACGACAAGACUAUACGCUAAUAUGUAAACUAUACGCAUCCAAUGUAUCAUCAAUCAUAUAUUCGACGGUCUGAC